AUGAACGGAGCUACGAACAAACCUGCGAAAUCUGAAUCCCCAUGGAUCUCCAGCAGUGCUGAUCGAAUGGUGGGAGCGGACCAUGCAGAAGUCCGCUACUUUACCAGCUAUGAUCAUCAUGGCAUUCAUGAAGAAAUGCUUACGUUGGAUGUGGAACAGGAAUUCUCAGCAUUCUCGGUGGGUAGGUUCGCUGUUCGGGCUGGUGCGAAACAUGUUAUCGGCGUGGACAUGUCUUCAAUCAUUGAAAAGGCUCGUGAGAUUAUCGAAGUGAAUGGCAUGGCCGACAAGAUUACCCUCCUUCAAGGAAAGAUGGAAGAAGUUACCCUUCCCUUUCCCAAAGUUGACAUCAUCGUCUCGGAAUGGAUGGGUUACUUCCUCCUCUACGAGAGCAUGCUGGACACUGUGCUUUAUGCGCGCGACAAAUACUUGGCUCCCGGUGGCAAGAUCUUUCCUGACAAGGCAACCAUUUACUUGGCUGCAAUCGAGGAUGGGGAGUACAAAGAGGACAAGAUUGGCUUCUGGGACAACGUGUACGGAUUCGAUUACAGUCCUAUGAAGGAGGUCGCUCUCACCGAGCCGCUUGUGGACACUGUCGAGAUGAAGGCGCUGGUUACUGACCCCUGCCCGGUCCUCACCCUCGACCUUUACACCGUCACUCCGGCCGACCUCUCCUUCAAGGUCCCGUUCUCGCUUCCGUGCAAGCGGAGCGACUUUAUCCACGCUAUAAUUGCAUGGUUCGAUAUUCAGUUCACAGCCUGCCACAAGCCAAUCAGUUUCUCCACGGGGCCUCAUGCCAAAUACACCCACUGGAAGCAGACGGUCUUCUAUCUGCGUGACGUCCUGACUGUGGAAGAAGAAGAAGUCGUGAGCGGUUUCCUUGAGAAUAAACCAAAUGCGAAGAACAAGCGCGACCUUGACAUAAAGAUCUCCUACGUCUUUGAGACUCUGGAUGAGACACGCUUCUCCCAGGGUGCUAAUUCUUUUCCUGAUUAUGGCGGUCCUUUGCUCGCGUCAUUAUUGGGCAUGCUUGCGUCAGACCUUUGUCCCCUUGUGGUGAUCGAUUCCUACCAUGGCCCAGGUCAAAUGACUUUGCACUUGGGCAGUUUUCAUAGUGGUCGUUGA